CCUUCCCUGAAGAUUCACUUUCACCGCAAAUCAUUUCGCAAUGGACUCACCAUUUGCUGUUCUCAAGUUUCUUAUCCUUAAAACUCCGUUUAUCCUGAGAACGGUGCUGUACCAUGCCCUCUCUCUGUCCCCAACUUCGUCCAAAUGGGAUCUCCGCACCACGCUUAUAGUCAAUAUCGUCCGUGAUAUGCUAACCAACUCCCCUCCGUCCACAAUAUCCAAGCAGCAAAAGGACACGUUACGGGAUCCCGGAAUCAAAGGCAAGAUGUGGGUGAGUAAAGUUACAAUGCCAGCUCCGUCGGAAGACGCAGUACGGGAUUUGCUGUUCGAAACAAUCGACGCGCUCAAGCAGGAAAAUGAGGAAUACUCCAGGCCGGCUCUCGUACCAGUCGAGGCAGAGUGGACAGGUUAUCGGGCAGGUGUCGCAGACAAUGCACCCGAGCUAUCAAUUUCCGAGGCGGAGAAGUACGAGAACUUAAUGAAGGAGGUUACAAGUGAUGUAACUUUGCUAUAUUUCCACGGCGGAGCAUACUACCUGAUGGACCCUUGCACUCAGAGAUCAGCAACUUCAAAAUACAGCAAUCUCACCGGAGGUCGUGUGUUGUCGGUACGCUAUCGCCUAGCACCACAGAACCCCUUCCCGGCCGCUCUACUCGACGCUCUCGUCUCCUAUCUAUCCCUCCUCUAUCCACCAGCAGGUGCGCUUCACAAGCCAGUUCCUGCAUCGCACAUUGUCAUUACUGGGGAUUCCGCAGGCGGAAACCUCUCCCUUGUCCUUCUGCAAGCCCUGCUCCAAAUCCAUCGCGCCGCGCCCGCCGGGAAUGUCCCCACGGUCGUAUUCCACGGCAAAGUGGUCGAGCUGCCCCUCCCCGCCGGAGUCGCACUGAGUCCCCCCUCCCUCGAUCUCACGCGCUGUAUGCCAUCGACGGAGAACAAUGCACAGUACAACUACCUCCCACCGCCUUCAAUUUCCCCGACCAAAUCGCCUCCCUGCACAAUUUGGCCAACCGACCCACCCCGCGCCGACCUCUUCUGCGAAGGCAGCGCGCUCUGUCAUCCCCUCGUUUCUCCUCUCGCCGCAAAAUCUUGGGAAGGUUCGCCGCCGAUCUUCGUCGUCUGCGGCGAGGAAAUGCUCACGGAUGAGUGCAAAGCAUUCGUACAGAAGGCCGCGAAGCAGAGGGUCAGGGCUGUCUGGGAGCAGUACGAGGCGAUGCCACACUGCUUCUCACUACUUCUUGAGGGGAACGCAGGGGGUGCAAUGAGUUUCGAUAGUUGGUCAGAUUUUGUAAAGAGGGCGGUGCAGAGUCCGGAGGAGAUUGUGACGAGAGGAGAGUUUAUCACUGCGAAGAACUUGGUUAGACGGCCAGUGGAAGUCUACAAACUGAUGGAUAUGAGCGAUGAAGAUAUCUUGGUGCGGAUGAGAAACGCGAGGCAGAAGAUGAUUGAGUGCGCUGCCACGGCUUGUUAAAGUAGCCCCCCUGCGCAUUGGUGAGAUCAUGUUAACACUUCUCUUAUAGAGCUUGAUAAUAUCGUUUAUCGUUAGGCACAUCGGCCGGAUCAACUUCUGUGAAAAACCUGGGAAAGGAAACUAAGACUAGUUGUUAUGAUUGUUAUCAGUGCAUGCAUCAAGGAUUGAUGCUACUGUAGUUAAGGCUUCAGGUUAGUGCCCGAGACACCCACAGUCAUCUGUGCUUCCCUACGACCUGCGUAAUAACAUA